CCCGGCGGCGGCGGCGGGGCAAGAUGCAUCUGGAGGAUGGCUGAGGCCGGCCGGGCGAGGGCUGCUUCCCCGGCGGCCCCGAGCGGAGGCGGCAUGCGGGGGCUCUGGCCCGCCCUGCUCUGCCUGCUCCUGCUGGCCGCCCCCGGCUUGCCCAUGGCUGACCUGGCCGACGGGGCCACCCGGGAGCCCGCAGAUGAUUUAAGAAGUGAAGCGGGUUUCCUCGAAGCGUUGGUGGUUGGAAGUGGUGAUACAGUUGAACUUCAGUGCAGUACUCCGGACUCACCUGUAUCGCUCCUCUGGUAUAAAGAUGGCGUUGGGAUUUCACCGACCAACCGGACUCAUUUUGGUCAAAAACUCUUGAGGAUUAUAAAUGUGUCCUACAAUGAUUCAGGCCUGUACAGCUGUAAGAAGAGGCACUCGGUGGAAACGCUCAGGAACUUUACGGUCCGAGUUACAGAAUCCCCGUCAUCGGGGGAUGACGAAGAGGAAGAUGAUGAUGAAGAUGACGACUCUGAAGACCGAGUUGCACCUUAUUGGACCCAUCGUGACAGGAUGGACAAGAAGCUUUUGGCGGUACCAGCUGCCAAUACUGUUCGUUUCCGGUGCCCGUCAGCUGGCAAGCCGCUUCCUUCCAUAUACUGGCUGAAAAAUGGCAAAGAAUUCAAAGGGGAGCACCGCAUUGGAGGCAUCAAACUACGGCAUCAGCAGUGGAGCCUCGUCAUGGAGAGCGUCGUUCCGUCAGACCGCGGCAACUAUACCUGUGUGGUCCAGAACAAAUACGGUGUAAUCUGGCAUACGUACCAACUCGAUGUUCUUGAACGAUCUCCACACCGCCCCAUUCUCCAGGCAGGGCUGCCUGCCAAUCAAACGGUGGUGGUUGGGAGCAACGUGGAAUUCCACUGCAAAGUGUACAGCGAUGCUCAGCCUCACAUCCAGUGGCUGAAACAUGUGGAAGUCAACGGAAGCAAAUACGGGCCGGAUGGGACGCCUUACGUCUCUGUCCUGAAGUCUUGGAUCAGUAAAAACGCUGAAGCCGAUGUUAACCUAAAUCUAUUCAAUGUGACCAAACAAGACGAAGGCGAAUAUCUUUGUAGAGCCAACAAUUUCAUAGGCAGAGCCGAAAAAUCAUUUUGGCUCCACAUUCACAAACCAGAAGCAGCAGAAAAACGAGUUGCGAGACAGGAUUCCAGCUCGUUUUACGCAGGCAUCCUCAGCUACGGGAUUGCCUUCGCUCUUUCCAUCCUGGUGGCUGUGAUGGUGAUGAUUUAUAAAAUCAAAAGGCCAGCCAAAAAAUCCAUGAAUGCCACCGCGGUUCAGAAAGUCUCCAAGUUCCCCCUCAAGAGACAGGUAACAGUGUCUUUGGAGUCCAACUCAUCCAUGAACUCCAACACUCCUCUGGUGAGGAUCACCCGCCUCUCCUCCAGUGAGGGCGGCAUGCUGGCCAACGUGUCCGAGCUGGAGUUGCCGGCAGAUCCCAAGUGGGAAUUGGCGAGAUCUCGCUUGACUCUCGGGAAGCCGUUGGGCGAAGGCUGCUUCGGUCAAGUGGUGAUGGCCGAAGCCAUGGGGGUCGACAAGGAAAAACCAAACAAGCCUGUUACUGUAGCGGUCAAGAUGCUGAAAGAUGACGCCACGGACAAAGAUCUGUCGGACUUAGUCUCAGAAAUGGAAAUGAUGAAGAUGAUAGGGAAGCACAAAAACAUCAUCAACCUCUUGGGGGCCUGCACGCAGGAUGGUCCUCUCUAUGUUCUUGUGGAAUAUGCAUCCAAGGGGAAUUUAAGGGAAUACCUGAGGGCGCGUCGGCUACCCGGCAUGGAUUAUUCCUUCGAUACCUGCAAGCUUCCCGAGGAGCAGCUGACCUUGAAAGACUUGGUCUCGUGCGCCUACCAGGUGGCCCGUGGGAUGGAGUACCUGGCGUCUCAAAAGUGUAUUCACCGGGAUCUGGCCGCCAGAAAUGUUCUGGUCACAGAAGACAAUGUGAUGAAGAUAGCUGACUUUGGUCUUGCCAGAGAUGUUCACAACAUCGAUUAUUACAAAAAAACAACUAAUGGCCGGCUGCCGGUGAAGUGGAUGGCUCCCGAGGCGCUGUUCGAUCGGGUCUACACUCAUCAGAGUGACGUGUGGUCGUUUGGGGUGCUGCUAUGGGAGAUCUUCACUUUGGGGGGGUCUCCCUACCCAGGAAUCCCAGUGGAGGAACUCUUCAAACUGUUAAAGGAAGGCCACCGAAUGGACAAGCCAGCAAAUUGUACCCCAGAUUUGUACAUGAUCAUCCGGGAGUGCUGGCAUGCGGUGCCUUCUCAGAGGCCAACUUUUAAGCAGCUGGUAGAAGACCUGGACCGCGUGCUGACGGUCACCUCCACCGACGAAUACAUCGACCUGUCCGUGGCCUUCGAGCAAUACUCCCCCAAAGGCCACGACACCCACAGUGCCUCCUCUUCGGGAGAUGACUCCGUAUUUGCACACGAGCUGCUCUCGGAGGAGCCCUGCCUCCCAAAACAGCCGGCCAACGGCAUCGUCAGGACAUGAGGACAGAGACUGAGCCUCAAACACGAGAUUCGUGAAUGUAUGUCUGAGGCGGGACUCCGGGACCAGAUCUGGAGGAGGAAGAGACGUUAUUCUGCUCCACGGCACGGAGGCGGGUGUGGCCACGAAGCCGUGGCACGCCGAACGUGUUUUCUUCCUACUUUUCUUGUCAAACUCCCGGAAACAGCGGUGGCAUUCUGGAAAACCAGUAGCAGAAAUUUUGAGUAGUUUGGAGAACCGCAAAUGCCGCCUCUGACUGGAGAUUUUACAGUCUCCUUCCCCUGCCACACCCACCAAGCCACGUCCAACUGGUAGUAAAAAAAAAUUUGAAUCCCACCUCUACCUGGAAACCAAGAAAGGCAAAGGAGAGGAUGGGAAACCUCCAGCCUCUGAGUGCCAUUUUCUAUGCCUGCAAAUUCUAGGAGUGGGUGGGGAAAACGAAACGAAACAA